GACAUCAGGACAAGUAGGAGCAGGGGAGCAGCUGCGAUGGCUUCAGGAAUCCUGGCGAACAUGAAGGAGGAAGUGACCUGCCCCAUCUGCCUGGAGCUCUUGACAGAACCCCUGAGCCUGGACUGUGGGCACAGCUUUUGCCAAGCCUGCAUCACUGCAAACAACAAGGAGUCCAUGAUCAGCCAAGGAGGAGAGAGCAGCUGCCCUGUGUGCCGAAUCAGUUACCAGCCUGGGAAUCUGCAGCCUAAUCGGCAUGUGAGCAACAUAAUAGAGAUGAUUAGGAAGGUCAUUUUUAGCCCAGAGGUGGAGCAAAAGGAGACUCUCUGUGCGUGCCAUGGAGAGGAACUCCUGCUCUUCCGCAAGGAGGAUGGGAAGUUCAUUUGCUGGCUUUGUGAGAGGUCUCAGGAGUACCGAGGUCACGACACGUUCCUCAUGGAGGAGGUUGCCCAGGAGUACCAGAAACUCCAGGCAGCUCUGGACAGGCUGAGGGCUAAAUAGCAGAAAGCUGAAAAGUUGGAAGCUGACAUCAGGGAAGAGCGAACUUCCUGGGAGCCUGAAUAAUGCAGACUUGAGGAUUAUUUUAAACAACUGAGAGGCUUCCUGGACCCUGAGGAGCAGGAGCUACAAAAGCUGAAGAAGGAGGUGACAGUUAUUCUCUGUGUCCUGGAACAGUCUGAGAGUGAGCAGGUCCAGCAGAGUCAGUUGUUGAGAGAUCUCAUCUCAGAUCUGGAGCAUUGGUUGCAGGGGUCAACAGUAGAGACGCUGCAGGUAAGACUUGGGAAGAAGUCCCAAGAAAUUUUGGACAUCAGAACAAAUAGGAACAGGGGAGCAGCUGCUAUGGCUUCAGAAGUCCUGGCGAACAUGAAGGAGGAGGUGACCUGCCCCCUCUGCCUGGAGCUCCUGAAAGAACCCCUGAGCUUGGACUGUGGGCACAGCUUCUGCAAAGCCUGUAUCACUAAAAACAAUAAGGAGUCCUUGAUCAGCCAAGGAGAAGAGAGCAGCUGCCCUGUGUGCCGAAUCAGUUAUCAGCCUGGGAACCUGCGGCCUAAUCGGCAUUUGUCCAACAUAGUGGAGAUGCUUCAAAAUGUCAAGUUGAACCCAGAGGAGGAGGAAAAGACAGAUCUGUGUGUGCACCAUGGAGAGAAGCUCCUGCUCUUCUGUAAGGAGGAUGGGAAGUUCAUUUGCUGGCUUUGCGAGCGGUCUCAGAAGCAUCGUGGUCACCACACGUUCCUCAUGGAGGAGGUUGCCCAGGAGUACCAGGAGAAACUCCAGGCAGCUCUGAAAAGGCUGAAGGCUGAAGAGCGGAAAGCUGAGAAAUUGAAAGCUGACAUCAGAGAGGAGAGAACUUCCUGGGAGAAUCAAAUAAAAAAUGAGACCCAAAGUAUCCAGGAUUGUUUUCAACAACUGAGAGCCAUCCUGUACAAUAAGGAGCAAAAAGAACUGCAAAAGUUGGAGAAGGAAAAGAGAGAGAUUCUCCAUGUCCUGGAACAGUCUGAGAAUGAGCAGGUGCAGCAGAGCCAGUUGUUGAGAGAUCUCAUCUCAGAUCUGGAGCAUCGGUUGCAGGGGUCAACAAGGGAGAUGCUGCAGGAUGUGAAUGGCGUCAUGAAAAGUAGUCAGACCUUCACUCUGAAGGAGCCAAAAACUAUCUCCAAAGAACAAAGGAGAGUAUUCCGAGUUCCUGAUCUGAAUGGGAUGCUGCAAAUAUUUGAUGAGCUGACAGAAGUGCGCCGCUAUUGGGCUCACAUUACCCUGGACCCUCCCAAGGACAGACGAAAUAGAAAUGUUGCCAUUUCUGCAGAUCGUAGACAAGUGAAAUAUGAAUACCAUUGCAACUCAAAAAUGAGACAAGAAUACUCUAACAGAUGCCAAGAGAAUGAUUAUGGUGUGCUCGGUGUACCAGCUAUCACAUCAGGGAAACAUUACUGGGAGGUAGAUGUCUCAGAGAAAUAUGCCUGGAUCUUGGGGGUGUGUUGUCAAAAAUACCCUAACCUCAGUCUGUUCCAAGAUCUCAAUAAUGUGCAUGUUGUUAGAAAAGCUGACUCGUGUCCAGGUUUUGAAUAUUAUGACCAACGUAAAACUGGCUAUUGGGUUAUAGGAUUAGUAAAUAAAUUUAAAUACAAUGUUCUUUCAGAAUCUCCCCCCUCUAGUCCCUUGCAAUUAACCCUCUGCCUGACUGUUCCUCCCCAUCGUGUUGGGGUUUUCAUAGACUGCACUGCUUGUACUGUUUCAUUUUAUAACAUCACGAACCAUGGGUUUCUCAUCUAUAAAUUCUCUCAAUGUUCCUUUUCUCAGAAAAUUGAACCAUAUUUCAAUCCUAUGACAUCCUCUGCCCCCUUGACACUGUGUUCUCCAAGCUCUUAAAUCUCUUACACCCUCACCCACUUCUUCGUCAUGCCUCUGGCCUUGGGUGCACCUAACACCCUGAGCUUGUCUGCACCAUUCUCACCAACUUUUUAUUGCUGUCUCCCCAGUUUUUUUCAUGUCAACAUCCUUCAUUUAACAAAAGUACAAAAUUUGCCUUGUGUCAAGCAUAUAUUUCCCAAUGUCUUGUUUGCACUAGUAAUGAAUCUUAAAUCACUAUUUUCUAUCAUCUUACAUAAAAUGACUAAUGCCUCAAAAAAAAGACCCGCAUAGUCCUGAUGUAAUUUUGUGAGAAUUAAACAACAAAUGUUUUCCGUAGCUUCUGUCAUUAAGCACAUAAGCAGUAAUCAAGUAUGCUGUCUCUUCAUUUUUUGUUUGCCUCUCACUGUGACUGAAAUAAAUGAUUUUAAGAAUACAUGUUAGUUUACUUUCAACCUUAUUACCCUUACUUUGUUUUAAGAAAUAAAAUAAUUUGACGAGAGAACUACAGUUUUUAAAAAAAAAUUUGGGUAAUUGUAAAAUAAAUGUUUCCACUGUUUUUAGCUACCUAGUCUCCCCCCACCCUCAUGU